AAGCGAUCCCGCCUUCCGCUUCCCCUGAGCCCGGGAAGGGGCGGGCACGGCCGCGGCCAUGCAGGUCUCCAGCCUCAACGAGGUGAAGAUCUACAGCCUGAGCGCCGGCAGGAGCCUCCCGGAGUGGCUUUCAGACAGGAAGAAAAGAGCUUUACAGAAGAAAGAUGUGGAUAUCCGUAGAAGAAUUGAACUUAUUCAAGACUUUGAAAUGCCCACAGUUAGCACAAAGAUUAAGGUAUCAAGAGAUGGACAGUAUAUUAUGGCAGUUGGAACUUACAAGCCAAGGGUCCGCUGUUUCGAUACCUAUCAGUUAUCCCAAAAAUUUGAAAGAUGCUUAGAUUCUGAAGUGGUUACAUUUGAGAUUUUAUCAGAUGAUUACUCAAAGAUUGUCUUCUUGCAGUCUGGCAGGUUUGUGGAGUUUCAUUCACAACAUGGCCAUUACUACAGGACAAGAAUACCAAAAUUUGGUAGAGAUUUCUCUUAUCACUAUCCAUCCUGUGACCUGUAUUUUGUAGGAGCAAGUUCUGAAGUAUACAGGCUAAAUCUGGAACAAGGAAGAUUUCUGAACUCCCUGCAAACUGAAGCUUCAGAGAGUAAUGUCUGUGACAUAAAUCCUGUACACUUCUUGUUUGCUAUGGGGACAGCUGAGGGUAAAGUGGAAUGCUGGGAUCCAAGAACUAGAAAUCGAGUUGGGCUGUUGGACUGUGCUUUAAGCAGCAUGACAGCAGACACAGAGAUAGAGGGUUUGCCAUCCAUUUCAGCACUGACAUUUGAUGGAGCUUUGAAUAUGGCUGUUGGAACAUCUACUGGACAGGUUUUAUUAUAUGAUCUCCGGUCUAGUAAUCCAUUAAUAGUCAAAGAUCACCACUACGGCCUGCCUAUUAAAUCAAUUCAGUUUCAGCAUCAGUUGGAUUUAAUUAUCUCUGCGGAUUCUCGAAUCAUAAAAAUGUGGAACAAAGAUACAGGGAAAAUAUUUACUUCAAUGGAGCCAGAACACGGUAUCAAUGAUGUCUGCCUGUAUCCAAAUUCAGGAAUGCUAAUGACUGCCAAUGAAGCCCCUAAAAUGAAUAUCUAUUAUAUACCCGUUUUAGGACCUGCCCCAAAAUGGUGCUCCUUCUUGGACAACUUGACUGAAGAAUUGGAAGAGAAUCCAGAGAGCACAGUUUAUGAUGACUACAAAUUCGUUACCAGAAAAGACCUUGAAAAUUUAGGCCUUGCUCAUCUCAUUGGAUCCACAUUGCUCAGAGCAUAUAUGCAUGGCUUUUUCAUGGACAUAAGACUUUAUCACAAGGCAAAAAUGAUGGCCAAUCCCUUUGCCUAUGAAGAAUACAGAAGAGAGAAAAUAAGGCAGAAGAUAGAAGAAACACGUGCACAGAGAGUUCAGCUAAAGAAACUUCCAAAAGUCAAUAAAGAACUUGCACUCAAACUGAUUGAAGAAGAAGGAGAAGAGCAACAGAUUACUAGGAAAAGGAAACAGAAGAAUCUGCCCAGCCUUCUCAAAGAUGAUCGUUUUAAGGUCAUGUUUGAGAAUCCAGAUUUCCAGGUGGAUGAGCAGAGUGAAGAAUUUAGGCUACUUAACCCACUUGUUUCUAAAAUAAGCGAGAAAAGAAAGAGGAAGCUAAAGAUCUUAGAGGAACUGGAAGCAAAAGGAGAGGAAGAGGAGGAAGAACCAGAAGGAAAAGCAAGUGAUGCAGAAAGUUCUGAGAGUUCAGAUGAUGAAAAAGGCUGGGUUGAAGAGGUCAGGAAACAGCGCAAGCUUUUACGCCAAGAGGAAAAACUAAAGCGGCGGGAAAGGUCCAAGGAGGAUCAGCAAACAUUACUGAAACCUCAGUUUUUUGAGAUUAAAGAAGGAGAGGAAUUCAGAAGCUUCAAAGACUCUGCCAAAAAACAAAAAUUAAUGAAGAAACCCCUUGAAGAUCGUUUAAAGCUUGAAGAAAAACUUGGCACACUCAAUGUGUCUGAUACCACAGUAGGCAGCAAACAGGCAACAUUCAAAUUAAAGAAGUCAGAGCAGCAAAGGAAACAACAGGAAGCUGAGAAACUACAUCGUCAAGAGAGGAAAACUCUCAGGCGUUCUGCGAGUCAUCUCAAGAGCAAACGUGGACGAGGACGACUGUUUCUUUGAAUUACUUCAUGUUAUUUUUUUAAGGAACUUCUUUGCCUCAUUUUUCAUUUGAAAAAGGGGCUUUUUCAAUUUUGGACAGAGUACAAAUGAAUUUGUAUUUUGAUUCAUUGAUGAACACAAAACCAGAACUUUCUAAGCCCUAUGUUAAUUAUUGAAAAGUUCAUGAAAGUAAAAUUACUGACCAAAGGACACUGUGAAUAUGGUGUAGUGUGAGCAACUGGUUAUUGUGUAACCCUGGAUGUUUUCUAUAUAAGAAUUUAUGUUACAGUGAGGCUGCCUGUCUUAUAUUUAACUUAAGGGCUGAGGAUUUUGAUUUCUGAAACCUUUAUUUUUGACUGCUUAGAUAGAAGAUCAAGGGUAAAUUAUUUUGUCUAAAAUCUUCUUUUUACAAGGGCUCAAUAAAUUUUUCUGGUUUUUGAAGGAUGGCACACAGUUCUGUUUUUCAAAAACUGGCUUUGGCUUUAUGUUCUUGGGUUGCCUUAGCAGCAAAUGGUACAAAUGGUUAUCAAGAGGGCAAUUCAGAAUGUCUAAAUUAGGUUCCUCUGAGUCACUCUAUAAGGAAACCUCUCUUGCCACACCAGUGUACAAAGGGGAAUCUAAGAAGGAUAGUCCUACUACCUUUACUGCCUUACGUUAAGCCUCAUCUUAAGGAUUCUGUAGCUCUUGGUAAGCCAGCCAAGUGAUAUAUAGUUCAAGUGGUAUCUGUUCACAUAAAAAGCACAUUAAGGCCAUGCCAGUAUUUUCCCAUUCUUCAAAAAAAUAACGUAAAAAACUAGACCCUACUUUAAGGUAAUGAUUAAUUCUUUUCUGUACCAUCUUUUGGAUCCCCAAAAGAAUGCUUGUUCCUAACCAGGAUACAAAACCGUAUUAUUUUUUAUUUUGCAAACCCAUAAUUUACAUAAGUGUGUCACUACUUAAGCAAAUAAAUGAAUUUCUACCAUUGA